AUGGCUCCUAUCACCAAGACUCUCGCCCUUGUCGGCGCUUUCUUCGCCUUGACCGGCUACUCGGCUCCCGUCGCCAAACGCGCCGUCGUUUGGGAGACCGUCACCGAUAUCGUCUGGACUACUGUCGAUGUCACCGUCACCGUCUACCCUCAGGCCACUCACACCGCUACUGUCGUCCCCGUCGUCGCUAACGCUGUCACUACCACUGCCGCUGCUGUCCAGCAGGAGAAGGCCGCACCCACUACCACUUCUUCUGCUACCACUUCUUCUACCACCACUUCUUCUACUACCACUUCUUCUACCACUACUUCUUCUACCACUACCACUGCUGCUGCUGCUCCUACUGCCGAGGCCGUUGUCAAGGAGCAGGAGAAGGUUGUGCCCACCACUACCUCCUCCACUGCCGCUCCCGCUCCCACCGUGGAAGCUUCUUCUGCUCCCGCUCCCGUCGUUGAGGCCGACUCUACUGCUCCUGCUACCAGCCGUACCACCAAAAAGGAAACCAACACCGAAACUACGGGAAGCAGUGGCCACACUGGCGCCUGCUCAGAGAGUUCCCCUUGCAGCGGUGAGAUCACAUUCUACGACACCGCCACUACCAGCACCAACCCCAGCUCCUGCGGCACUACCAACGAUGGUACCGUUGAGAACGUUCUCGCGCUGCCCCACGGUAUCAUGACCGACAGUGAUUGCGGCAAGACCGUCACCAUUACAUACAAUGGCCAAACCGCUACCGGUAUUGUGGUUGACAAGUGCAUGGGCUGUGACAACGGCUCCGUCGAUCUGUCCCGUCACCUCUUCGGCCAGCUCGCGUCCAUGGACAAGGGCCGUGCUGAUGGUGCCAAGUGGUAUAUCCACUAA